GCAUGGACCGCAGGCUCGUGCACGUCCGGGGCAUCGUUGAGACGUAGAAUGGGCGCGCGAUGCGGCUGUACGACACCAACUCCCAAGCCCUCCCCCGAUGCCGCUGCGGCUUCCACGUCCAUGACGUUGUCGGCUUCCGCGCGGCCUCCUCCACAACGUCUUUCUACAAGAGCUUCAAUUUCCUCCUCUUCAAUUCGGAUGCCUCCCCCCGUCCGCCUCAGCAUCCUCCUCUUCAACGACGCUUCCUCCUCGUCCUCGAAGUCGCUCUCCUCCUACGGCGCAACCUCCUCCCCCACCCAUUCGUUGUGUACGGCACUUCCUGCACCCGAAGGCCCGCCUUGGAUGACCUUCCUCUUCUUGUUGGCGUUGUGUCGUCCCUUUUUCUCCCACACCGCCGCUACCAUUGCCUGGUUAGUGGCGUUCUUGCCGCGUCCAGCACCACGGGGCGACAUGGCGCACAACACAAAAGCUCGCCGACUGACCAGUUGCAAAUCCGAAAAGCAAAGUUCGCAGUCCACGUCGACAACGACGACGAUAACGACGACGGUGAUGAUGGCGAUAAGGGCGAUGUUAAGAACGAUGAUGGCGCAGUCCACGACCAACACGAGGGCGACAAUGGCAACACUGGUGAAAAAGGCAACGACAACGGCGAUGGCGACGAUGGCGAUGCAGAAGAGAAGCACGCGACGCGGAUGACGGCCACAAUCGCGCUGACGAUGGCGAUGAUGGCGACGAAGAUGACGACCGCGAUCUCGUUGACGAUGCCGAUGAUGGCGGCAAAGAUGAUGAUGGAGGUGCUGGAGAUGGAAAGGGAAGAUGGCGACGAUGGCAGCAAUGGUGAUGUCGUGUCGUCCACUCGACGACGACCACUUGCACGUUUCGCAGCGAGAUUAGAACGGUCGACUGCGCGCGCAGGGCGGCGACCCCUCUGGAAGGCGAGGAUCGUCGAGGGUGGUGUAGUGCAGCAUUGGACUACUUUCGUCUUGCAAAAAAAACGAUGGGCGGGGAGGAGGCAGGAGCAAGCGAAUGCGAGUGCGAGAUGGCGAGAAGGCUGGCGUGUGGAGUCUAAAGCGGGCGUCUGGAGUCCCGUCGUGGAUUUGAUGAGGACGCCCGCAUCCUCUCAAAUCUGUGCGCAGUGGUGUGCAUCCGUCGACCGCCAUCUUUCUUGUCGCCGCCCUUGGUGAACAGUGGAGAGGGAUGGACCCCCAGCGGCAACACGACAAGACACCAACCGCCAAGCCACGCGACGCAAAUGGACACCCCCACCCACACCACCCCAAUCCGCCUAUCCCCAAUCCACCCGCCGCCUCCUGCCCUCAAAAACUCCCCCCCCCCCCCCCACACACACCCACAAAAUCAAU